AGGGCUCGCGGCUGCGCGGCGCGCCGAGCGCUCGGGUCCCGCGGCAGGCUCCGGCUCCCGCCCGCGCCUCUGCCGCUCUGCAAUGAGGGUUCUCGGGGGGCGUUGUGGGGCGCUGCUGGUGUGCCUCGCCCUAGUGCUUCCCGUCUCAGAGGCAAACUUUUUAACAAAGCAACAUGCUUCACAAUUCCUGGUUAGAAAACGUCGUGCAAAUUCUAUGCUUGAAGAAACCAAAAAGGGUAAUCUUGAACGAGAAUGCAUUGAAGAAUUGUGCAAUAAAGAAGAAGCCAGGGAGGUCUUUGAAAAUGACCCUGAAACGGAUUAUUUUUAUCCAAAAUAUUUAGCUUGUCUUGGCAUUUUCCGUACCAAAUUAUUUGUUGCUGCCCGCCAGUCAACUAAUGCUUACCCUGACCUCAGGAGCUGUGUCAGUGCGAUUCCAGACCAAUGCAACCCUCUGCCAUGCAGUGAAGAGGGAUACCUUAGCUGCAAAGAUGGACAAGCUACAUUCACAUGCAUUUGCAAACCAGGCUGGCAAGGAGAGAAGUGUGAAUCAGAUAUAAAUGAAUGCAAAGAUCCCUCAAACAUAAAUGGAGAUUGCAGCCAGAUUUGUGAUAACACUCCUGGAAGUUACCAGUGUUCCUGUAAAAGUGGUUUUGUUAUGCAUUCAAAUGGGAAAGACUGUAAAGAUGUGGAUGAAUGCUCUUUGAAGCCAGACAUUUGUGGCACUGCUGUGUGCAAGAACACCCCUGGAGACUUUGAAUGUGAAUGCUCUGAAGGCUACAGAUUCAAUCCCACAUCAAAGGCUUGUGAAGACAUAGAUGAAUGCUCUGAGAACAUGUGUGCUCAACUGUGUGUCAAUUACCCUGGAGGCUACUCUUGUUAUUGUGAUGGAAAAAAAGGAUUCAGACUUGCUCAAGAUAAGAAAAGUUGUGAGACUGUUCCAGUCUGCCUUCACUUGGACCUUGACAAAAAUUAUCAUUUACUUUACUUGGCAGAGCAAUUUGUAGGGGUCGUUUUAUAUUUAAAAUUUCGUUUGCCAGAAAUCACCAGAUUCUCAGCUGAAUUUGAUUUCCGGACGUAUGAUUCAGAAGGUGUUAUACUAUAUGCAGAAUCUCUUGAUCACUCAGCUUGGUUCCUGAUUGCACUUCGCCAAGGAAAGAUUGAAAUUCAAUUUAAGAAUGAGUAUACAGCCAAAAUAACAACUGGAGGCCAAAUUAUUAAUGAUGGACUCUGGAAUAUGGUGUCUGUGGAAGAGUUAGAGCACAGUGUUAGUAUCAAAAUAGCUAAGGAACCUGUGAUGAAUAUAAACAAACCUGGAAGUCUUUUUAAGCCUACAAAUGGAUUUCUGGAAACCAAAGUAUAUUUUGCAGGAUUACCUCGGAAAGUGGAAAAUGCUCUCAUCAGGCCGAUUAAUCCUCGUCUGGAUGGAUGCAUUAGAGGCUGGGAUUUGAUGAAUCAGGGAGCCUCAGGAGUCAAGGAAAUUAUUCAACAAAAGCAAAAAAAGCAUUGUCUUGUCAAUGUGGAGAAGGGCUCCUACUAUGCUGGUUCUGGAGUUGCUCAGUUUCAUAUAGAUUACAAUAACAUAUCCUAUGCUGAAGGAUGGCAAGUCAAUGUGACCUUGAACAUCCGCCCAUCUAUUGGUACUGGGGUAAUGUUUGCCUUGGUUUCUGGUAACACAGUGCCCUUUGCCUUGUCCUUGGUGGACUCUACGGCUGAAGCUUUUCAGGAUGUUUUGGUGUCUGUUGAAAAUGUAGUAAUAUACAGGAUUGAGGCGCUAAAUCUGUGUUCCGGUCAGCAGUCACAACUGGAAUUCAGAGUCAACAGAAACAACCUGGACAUGUCAACUCCGCUUAGAAAAGACGCCAUCCACUCCGAUGACCUUCAAAGCCAACUUGCUGUUCUGGACAGAGCAAUGAGAGGAACAGUGACCACUUAUCUGGGUGGCCUUCCAGAUGUUCCCUUCAAUGCCACACCAGUGAAUGCCUUCUAUAAUGGCUGCAUGGAAGUGAAUAUUAAUGGUAUACAGUUGGACCUGGAUGAAGCCAUUUCUAAGCAUAAUGAUAUCAGAGCUCACUCCUGUCCAUCAGUUUGGAAUGAUACAACCAAUUCUUAAAGGAUCGUUUCUGAUAGUGUCCUUUUCCUUCUGUGUAAUUAUAUUGUAACAGCUGACAGUUUUUACUAAUGAUGUGCAGUCUUUGGUUAUUUUAUGGUAUUUUUACCUUCCUGGUACUUUUAGAAGUGUUUUUUUUUUCCUUGAGAAAAAAUUCUGUUGUGUUUCAAAUUGCAUUUAAAGGUCUUAUUUCUUAUGUCUGUGGCUGUUUAGAAAUUAAAUAAUGAAACAUUUUUAAUUGGAUAUUUUUCUGAAAAUGGCAUUGCUUCAGUUUUUGUUUGCAGAAGUAAAAUGUGAUUUUGCCAAUAUGGACAAGUAUUUAAGUAUUUUUCUCAAAAGCAAAGAGGUAACCAAAAUGAAAUUCAUGCCAUUAAUACAUAUACUGGCCAAGAGAACAUAAAAAUCUGUUAUUAAAUAUUAUUCACCCUAGCAGAUUUUGCUUUUGUUUGUUUUGUUUUUCUCAAUGAAGACAGAAGAGAUGAUGGCCAAAUAACUAUGAAUUAAACAGAAGGCCUUAAAAUUUUUUUUAAAAAAUAGUUCCUUGGUGAGAUCAGUUUAAGCUUUCUCAUAUUUCUCUUACUUUGUUUUACAUUUGAACCAAUAUCUUUGGCUGAAUUUGAAAAAAAAAAUUGGGAUACGUUUUCAUGAGAGCAACACAGGGAUCCUGCCACUUUGAAAUUGGAUUCCAUGAAGAAAAUUCAUUAGAUUAUAUUGAAAGGAGUGUGAAAACCAGGAUGGGUGCAUUCUUUAAGUUCAGCUGUGUGGGUCACCCAGGCUCUGGACUGGAAAAGGCAGAAUUUACUGAUGAUAAUGGGAAUGAAGAAAUAUGAAAGUUCAUAGCUUUCCUUAAAUACAAUAUAUGAUUAUAAGAGAAAGAUACUAGUAUGUGAUUGUUAAACAAUAAAAUGAAAUAUUGAACUAGAACAAAUUUUGAUAAUAGGAUAGCCACAUAAGGAUAUAGUUAAUAUUCUGUCUCAAUGAGCAAAGAAGUAAGCAGGUAAGAUUGCCAAUAUUUGCUGAUAAUAUGUUACAAAUGACUAUAUUGUUAUUCUCGAACCAACCAUUCACAGCAGAUAUAUGUCAAAUGAUUUUACUGAUAGUAUUAGGAAAUAUUCUUCACUAUAGAUAUUUUACAUCACAAAAAGCAUAAUAAACUGGUGUAUAUAUUU